AUGACUUCCAUGAGUCGACUACUUCGCUCCUUUGCCAAGCAAAGAAUACAAGUUCCUAUCUUGGCAGCUGCCAUCGUGACAUUUUUGCUGCACAGCAACAGAGGACUGAUUAAGUCACCCUCCGGAGGUGGAAGCGUUGCUGAUGGUGCAGCGUUUGCCUCCAUCGGACUUGUAGACAGCAAAGUCCGAUUGGGGGCAUGCGUAGGAAGUUUCCAGGUGUGUUUGUUAGCCUGCUUGUACCUGCUCAAACGACGUCGCGGGCAGAAGUGGCAGGGAGCAAACAUCAAUGCCCUCGUACCAUGCGUGGCAAUUGGGUGGACGAUCCGAUUUCUUUGUCCUGUUCCUACAGGGGUAACUGACCAGGCUUGGUCAAUGCUAUCCAUUUUUGUUUCGAUGAUUCUUGCAGUAGUCCUGAGACCUUUGUCCCCAGCAGCGACCACAAUCGUGGCCCUGUCUGCAGUGGUCUUUACUGGGACAGCUACACUUGCACAGGCGCUGAAGGCCUUCACUGAGGAGGUGGUUUGGCUGGUCCUGAUUGCUUUCUUUCUUGCUGAAGGCUUCCACAAGACUGGUUUGGGCGAUCGCAUUGCCUUGAAUGUGAUUCGGAUAGUUGGUGGAACGACGCUGGGGCUUGCAUACGGCUUGAACUUUGCUGAGCUCGUAGUUGCGGCUGCUAUGCCUUGUUCUGCAGCCAGGGCUGCAGCGAUGUUCUAUCCAAUUACAAAAUCUGUGUGCAAAGCCAGUGGAUCUGACCCUAAUGAGGGAACGGAGUCCAAGUGCGGCAAAUUCCUGGUGGAGUGCUGCUACCAGGCAACUGCAACGUCGUCGUGCAUGUUCCUCACGGGUGCUGCGCAAAACUACUUUGUGCUGAAAUUGGCCGAUGAUGUUGGCAUCCAUUUGGAUCAUCCUUUUCAUACUUGGUUUGCAGCAGCUGUAGUUCCAGCCUUCGUGUCCUUCUUGCUGACACCACUUGUGGCUCUGAAGCUCAUGCCACCAGAGUCACGAACAACAUCUGACGCACCGAAGGUUGCGAAGCAGCGGCUGGAUGAAAUGGGUCCCAUAUCGGAUGACGAGAAAGUCUUUCUCUUCGUUAUGCUUGGCAUGGUAGUCCUGUGGGCUUCGUCGUCCUUGAUUCACGUGAAACCUGCGAUCACAGCCUUUUGCGGCCUUGGGAUUCUUCUGUUGACCGGCGUCAUCACAUGGGAGGAUUGCGCAAAGAAUCAACAAGCGUGGAGCACUUUUGUAUCCUUUGCAACUUUGGUUGGCUUAGCUGAGAUGCUAAAGAUCCUUGGCAUUGUUGAGUGGUUGUCGUCGGUGGUAACGUCAAAAAUCAGAGCUGCAGGACUGGCACAGGUACCGGCCUUCCUGGUCAUCAUCACUUCGUACUGGCUAAUUCAUUAUCUCUUUGCCUCACAGGUGGCACAUGUAUCUGCUUUGUUCCAACCAUUUUUGGUUAUGCUGGUAGAAACGGGAACUCCAAAGAUUCCAGCCUUGUUUGCACUGGCCUUCGUGUCUAAUCUCUUUGCUACUUUGACUCCAUAUGCCUCUGCUCAGUCAGCAGUUCUCUUUGCUGGACAUUACAUAACUCCGGUAGAAUGGUACAAGGCUGGCUUUGUUUUCAUGCUCGCCUACUACAUAGAAUGGCUCGUAGUCGGUGCUGCAUGGUGGCGUCUGAUUGGGCUUGUUUGA